AUGUCUUCAUCACUCCGCCCGCGCCUCGAACGAUUACGAAAGUCUCUACGACACUGGCAGAUCUACUCAAACGAGUACGAGGCGCUGCGGAGGGAGCUCUCAUCCCUGCCGCUGGCGGCGACACACGAGGACAUGCUAAAACUGGCUCUCAAAGCCACCAGGAAAGUUGUUGAUGAGCAAGAGGUAGAGGAUCUUCUCGGUGAUGGGCUAGAAACCAAGAGGAAUGUUAUCGAGGUCAUCACAGAGAUCACCCACCGGCUUGACGAUGCCACCGAGAACGUGGCCCAACUCGAAGAACAGAUUGAGGCCGCCGAGAACGAGAUUGACCCCGAUGAAGAAGACGAAGAAGACGAGUACGAGCCCGUAGAUGACGCCAAAUACAGGCCCACGGCGGAAGGGCUAGCCACGCCCGAGGUGCAGAAAGAGCUUGAAGAGUUCCGGAAGCGGCUUCACGAGCGAGGCGAGGCAUCUAGAGCCGAGGCAGCAAAGGUGGCGGCUGAAGAUCAAGAAAAAUCGAUAAAGAAAAGAAGGGGAGGGGGUGUUCGAUUUGCCCAGGAGACGGAUGAAGAAGAGUCAGGGGAGGAGGAUACUGCCAACGCAAAAGACUCAGUGGAAACAAACGUUGGGCCUGGGAAAAAAACAGAUACUGUGGACACGCCAGAUUCUGAUAGGUCAGAUCCUGUGGACAAGGAAGAUCCUCUGGACAAGACAGAUUCUGUAGACAAACCAGAGUCUGUCGUCAAGUCAGGCGCUGCGGAUAAGCAAGCCUCUGUGGGGGAUUGCCCAUCUUUCUCCAGGAAGCAUGUGAGUGAUACAGAUGAAUAUUCAAUAUCGGAGUCUUCAGCUACCGAAGGAGAGCGCCAACCACCAAAAAGAGUUAUGCUUACGACAGUUACUCGAUCAAUGGCACGCUCGAACCCGCCAGAUUCAAGCACACAAGAUUGA